GCUCCCUUUUCUUCUCGUCCUCAGUCUUUCAGAGAGGCUUUCCGCUCCAUACUGAUCUCAGAUUUCAGAAAGAACUUGAUUCUUCCUUCCUUGGAUGCGAUGCGGAGGAAGCAUGGACGUAAUGAUGGGGGACAGUUGAUGGAAUGCCUUGAAUUGGAUUCUUCUCAUUUCUUUGUGGACAGUGAUGCAAUCGACAGCCCAUUGGACAUCCAUCUUGAGUUCAAUAGCUUGACAGUCGCAAAAGCCGUGCCCGAUCAUAGCCGGUAUUCUCAGUCUGGCUGUAGUAACGUCCCUGAUCCACCCCCGUUACCUGGAACUUCUUAUGGUGCACAGAGAAGUUCUAGGAAUGCAAAGGCUUGUAGCCGUGUCCUUGAAGAGGUCCUGGAUUCCGGGGACAAGUUAUUUCAAGAGGGAUAUCAAGCUGAUCUCCGUGUUUUGGCAGAUGGUGGCAGUGAAAUCUUGUCACAUUCCUGUGUUCUUGGUGUCAAAUCUCCUGUUCUGAGAGCUAUGUUGGAAGAAGCUAAACUAAAACAUGGUUUACCGUGUAUCCGAAUUCCUGGCGCGCCAUCAGAAGCAGUCCGUGUUUUCAUCAGAUUUCUUUAUUCUUCACGUUUUGAGCAGGAACAGAUGAAGAAGCAUGUUCUUCAUUUGUUUCUACUUUCCCACGUCUUCUUGGUGCCAUCUCUGAAGACGGUCUGUAUCGAGCAACUUGAGAGAAAUUUUCUUGCUCCUGACAACGUGGUAGACAUGCUGCAACUUGCCAGAUUGUGUGACGCGCCCCGGCUCUCCGUCAUCUGUACCCGUAUGAUCGUUGCGGAUUUCAAGACCAUCUCCCUAUCCGAUGGAUGGAAAGUAAUGAGGCAGGCCAACCCAAGCCUGGAACAGGAGCUCCUCGAGUCUCUUGUCGAAGCUGAUACAAAAAGACAGGAAAGAGCUGAGAGGAUAGAAGAAAAUAAGGUUUAUCUGCAACUGUAUGAAGCAAUGGAGGCUCUAGUUCACAUAUGCCGAGAUGGAUGCAGGACAAUUGGGCCCCGAGAUCAAGCACUCAAGGGCAGUGGAGCUGCUGUCUGCAAGUUUCCUGCCUGCAGGGGUAUUGAGCUGCUCGUUCGCCACUUCUCAGCUUGCAGAGUUAGGGUACCUGGUGGUUGUGGCAACUGCAAGCGAAUGUGGCAGCUUCUUGAGCUGCAUUCUCGCAUGUGUUUCACUCCAGACACCUGCAAGGUUCCUCUCUGCAGGCAUUUUAAGGAGAAAAUGCAACAUCUGGGCAGGAAGGAAGAGACCAAAUGGAAUCUUUUGGCGUGUAAGGUGCUGGAGAGCAGAGGAACCAUGAGUUCUAUCUCUGAAAGGAGAAAUCUUUCAACCGUAAAGCCCACUGAUAGUUGCCGCAUGGUUCCUAUUUGAAACACCGAAAGUCUGCAGAGAUUUUGUACAAAGAAGUACAAUUGGUACAUGAAUCAGGAAAAAUUCUCAGAUUCAAAAUAGGGUCUAGAGUUGUAGUAUGAUAACAAAAGUGCCUUUUUCUUGAGGAUUUGAGAAUGUCCAUCAAACUGAUUAUGGAACCAGAAGAAAUCGUCAGAUCACAAAGUAAUCAUGAAUGUGUCUAACAAGUAACAAGCACUGUUGCGAUUUCAUGCA